AUGGACUCCGAUACCAGCCGAAUGUCGACCCGGCCUUCCUCCCCCGAGGUGCACGAUAUGUUCCUGCAUGCGAUGAAGAAGCGUAUGGUGGGUUUCUCCGGUACUGUCUCGUCCACACAGAGCGACUCUCUGCCAGAGAUACCCGCGGACCUGCGGAGCCUCUCCGACGACGACGACGAUAUCACCCUGAAAAUGCUGUCAAAGAAGGACCGUAAACUGCUCUCAGAGAACGAACUGCAGGGGAUGCGGCUGAAGAUCAACAGCCGGGAGCGGAAGAGGAUGCACGACCUUAACAUCGCCAUGGACGGUCUCCGGGAGGUCAUGCCUUACGCCCACGGGCCCUCGGUGCGCAAGCUCUCCAAAAUCGCCACUCUCCUCCUGGCGAGAAACUACAUCCUGAUGCUGAGCAACUCGCUGGAGGAGAUGAAGAGGCUGGUCAGUGAGUUCUACGGCAGCGGCCACCACAGCAGCUUCCACCCCUCCGCCUGUGGUACCAUGGCGCACACCGGACCCCUGCCCGGUCAUCCGGCCGUUUCCCACGCCUCCCACCCGGUGCACCACCCACUUCUUCCCCCGGCGGUCUCCACGGUAGCCUCUCUCUCCACAACGGGUCUCACCUCGAUCAGACCCCACCAUGGACUCCUGAAAGCGCCCUCGGCCGGCCCGGGCCCCCUGGGCAGCAGUUUCCAUCACUGGGGCGCGGGGAUGCCCUGUCCGUGCAGCAUGUGCCAGGUGCCACCACAUGUUUCCGGUAUGAGCGCUGUCACCAUGUCCAGACUGACGAGUGACUCUAAAUGA